AUGUCCCCAGAUAAAUCAACUACGAAAGAUACACAGAAUCGGUCUCUUCAGACCAUCAUACCCGAUAGAACGCAAACAGCUACCGUCGCCACCGCACCCGUGCUGACGAUCAAGAAGCCUCGCAUUCGACGUCUUGUACCUGCGACCGUCAUUGACGACUCUAAACCUCGCGUGAGUACCUCAGCGAACCUGAGUGCGCCAAACGCCGUGUCGUUUGCGCCGACGAGGCUGCACCCUCGCCACCGUCGAGUUCAUUCGGUGGUAACAUCGGAAGACGAUGCACUCGUGCCAUCUACGGCCAACGGAGCUCUCAGUGACCUCUCUACAGUGGUGCAGAGCUCCUUGCUGACGUCUGAGCCUCAGAGCACGCCACCCAAGUCUAGCCUCCAAAGUAGGGUGUCAACGUGCCGUGUUCCGGCCAAACGGAAGCGUGGCAUUGAGUUCGACGACGCCUAUAUGGACACUGCCUCAGAAUCAUCGGCUUCUAGUGAGGAGUGGCACGCUAUCACAGACGACGUCGAAAGUAAUACCAGCGAGACCUCGCUCGACUCUCGCGAUCUUGGCGACGAGCUCGCGUUCAUCUGCGAGAUACCUGCCCCGAGGGCCGGUUCCAACAGGACCUCGAGAACCGGUGGCGCGUUGGGCAAGGGUGACAAUGGAUCUCCCAGUAGCCUCAAUACUCGACCAAGAUGGGAUGAGGCCGCCGCCAGACGCCGAUACCUGCGUAAACGAGCUCAAAUCGAACGGUCACCGCCACCUCGUGUAGGGCCCAGCCAGUCCAUUCUCCGCAAGCGCCGGCGUGUUGAAGUAGCCACGGAGAGCACAGAUCUGCAUGUGUCCUCCGAGGCGCCCUCGUCUUCUGCUACUGGCAUCGCAUCUUCAUCUCAUGAAGAACGAUCGACGCCACCGAAGUCUGAAAAGCCCGUGGCCGUGAGGCAGGGUAGUUUCUUCAGCGUUGGUGAAUACACCUUCAGGUUCACUCGACAGACGCAAAACUAUGCUAUACCCGAGGAUGAAUACCGAGACAACGGGGGCGUUGUCAUAGACCACGGACAGUUCAUGUCGACGACCACGGGUCGGCCCGGAGAGAUGAAUGUGCUCUGGCUCCUCUUGCAUGACUCGCAGUGGCUGGCCCACCAUGAUCAGUGGUCGGAAUACCGUGUCCCGACGGCGCCUCGUCCUGCAGGGAAUUGA